UCCGGCCAUGGUCCCGGCCGGCUAUUUGUAAGUUGGCAAGCCAGGCUCUCGUCCAGACCCCUUCCUGAUGGCGGCGGCGGCGGCCCUGGCGGCGGCCGACUCCCCUCCCGCGAUGCCGCAGGCGGCCGGGGCCGGAGGGUCCACUGCCCGCCGGGACUUCUACUGGCUGCGCUCCUUUCUGGCCGGAGGUAUUGCAGGAUGCUGUGCCAAAACAACAGUUGCUCCGCUGGAUAGAGUAAAAGUUUUACUACAAGCUCACAAUCACCAUUACAAACAUUUAGGAGUAUUUUCUGCAUUGCGUGCUGUUCCUCAAAAGGAAGGAUACCUUGGAUUGUAUAAAGGAAAUGGUGCAAUGAUGAUUCGAAUCUUUCCCUAUGGUGCAAUCCAGUUUAUGGCAUUUGAGCAAUAUAAAACGUUAAUUACUACAAAGCUGGGAAUUUCGGGUCAUGUGCACAGAUUAAUGGCUGGAUCCAUGGCAGGCAUGACAGCAGUUAUCUGUACUUACCCUCUUGACAUGGUCAGGGUACGCCUAGCAUUCCAGGUGAAAGGGGAACACACCUACACAGGAAUUAUUCAUGCAUUCAAAACAAUUUAUGCAAAGGAAGGGGGUUUCCUGGGAUUUUACAGAGGCUUGAUGCCUACCAUUUUAGGAAUGGCUCCGUAUGCAGGUGUUUCAUUUUUUACUUUUGGAACCUUAAAGAGUGUUGGGCUUUCCCAUGCUCCUACCCUUCUUGGCAGACCUUCAUCAGACAAUCCUAAUGUCUUAGUUUUGAAAACUCACAUAAACUUGCUUUGUGGUGGUGUUGCUGGAGCAAUAGCACAGACAAUAUCCUACCCAUUUGAUGUAACUCGCCGGCGGAUGCAAUUAGGAACUGUUCUGCCAGAAUUUGAAAAGUGCCUUACCAUGCGGGAUACUAUGAAGUAUGUCUAUGGACACCAUGGAAUUCGAAAAGGAUUAUAUCGCGGUUUAUCUCUUAAUUACAUUCGUUGCAUUCCCUCUCAAGCAGUGGCUUUUACUACAUAUGAACUUAUGAAGCAAUUUUUUCACCUCAACUAAAAAAUAAUCAUGGUUUGUUUUCCUUAAUAAACUCUCAGAGGGAAAAAUAAAACAUUGCUUUAAUUGUGGGGGAAACAUUAUUUGAAGGAAGAUUCACAGGAAUCACUGGUAUCUUAAUACUUGAUUUUUUUCUUUCUUAGUCACAAAUCAAAAGUGCUUACCAUACUUUUUGAUGCCAAAUAUUAUACCUUAGAACAUUCAAAAAAAUAUUUCUAAGCUGAUGCUAGCUAAUUAAUUAGGUUAUUUUGAAACUGUUUUAGAGUUGUAUUUGGAAGUAGAACUAACUUCAAAACGAGGUUUAAGAGAUUUUCAUUAGCUUUAUCAUGCUGUUCCAAGUUUUUAAUUGUAAUCCCCAUUUUCAUAAGACUUUAAAAUUGUUUGCUAUCAUUAGAAUAAGCAGGGGGUGGUAGUUCCAGCUAAUUGGGCCAGGUGUGGUGGCUCAUGCCUGUAGUCCCAUUACUUCCGGAGGUGGAGGCAAUUGGAUUACUUGAGCCCAGGGGUUUGAGACUAGCCUGGGUCACUUGGUGAGACCUUGUCUGUAC